GCCUUGCCAGACUGUUUAAAAUGAAAUAUAAACAUUGCAAAAGUGCUGCCAGACUUAUGACAAAAAAAUGACUCACGGACAGUGUUAAGUCGAAUAGUUUAAACAAUAUCAUAAUAAUUAGCAUACCAUUAUAAGAAGAGCGAAAUGGGAUUAUUUGGCAAAACUCCCAGCAAAGACCCCAAAGAACAGGUGCAAGAAUGGACGCACAAGAUACGAAAGGAGGGUAAUCAGCUUGAUAGGCAGAUACGAAGUAUACAGCGUGAAGAGGAAAAAGUGAAGCGGUCUCUCAAACAGGCAGCCCAAAAAGGUGACCGUGACACCUGCAUCAUUCUCGCCAAAGAGAUUGUGAACGCGCGAAAAGCAAUAAAUCGUAUAUACACAUCUAAGGCGCAUCUGAAUUCCGUACAGAUGCAGAUGAAAAAUCAAUUGUCUACUUUGCGGGUUGCUGGCUCGUUACAGAAAUCCACAGAAGUCAUGCAGGCCAUGCAAAAUCUUAUUAGAUAUCCGGAGUUGGCGGGCAUUAUGCGGGAUAUGUCAAAGGAAAUGAUGAAGGCUGGCAUAAUCGAGGAGAUGUUGGACGAGACCAUGGAUUCGCUGGAAGAGUCUGAGGAGUUGGAGGAGGAGGCAGCAAAGGAGGUCGACAAAGUACUCUGGGAAAUCACGGACGGUAAACUGGGUGAGGCUCCACUACCACCUGAAGCAACGCCAGCAGACAAAACACCAGCAGCUACCGCCCGUGUUGCGGUCGAGGAUGAUGACGACGAUGGUGAAGAGUUAGAGGAAAUGCAGAGUCGCUUAGCAUCGUUGCGGUCAUAAACAAUUUGCAGAAAAGGGACAGUGUGCAUGUUGAAAAUAUUAGAUUCGAAUUUUAAAAAUUUAGCUUAUGAUUAUUAUUUUAUCAUAGUACCUUGCACGCCACCAAAAUCCAAAAUAUUGCUCCGAUCCCCGAUAGUAAAUUAUAAAAACAAAAAUAACAGUGAAAGUCUAUAAAC